UGGCCCCUAGUUAGCAAACCAGGAAAAUUCCAUCCCUUGCACACUUAGCCUCACAUACCCAUCUGCUCACUCAGCCUGGCACACUUAGCGCCCCUUACCCACCUUCUGAAUUCACCACUCACUCUUGGCACAUUCUUUUCAACCUCAUCUUCUUUCGCCUCUCACACGGCCAAAUAGCCAGCCUUUCCCUUACUGUCCCGUUGGUCACCACAGACCUACCAUGUCCCUAGGGCCACUGAAAUUCCAGGCAGUGGGCGAGGAGGAUGAGGAGGAUGAGGAGGAGAGCUUAGACUCUGUGAAGGCCCUGACUGCCAAGCUUCAGCUGCAGACCCGACGACCCUCAUAUCUCGAGUGGACUGCCAGAGUCCAGAGCCAGGCUUGGUGCAGAGCCCAACCUAGACCUGAGCCGGUUGGACCUGGGGCCAUCUGUGGCUUUGACUCCAUGGAUUCUGCCCUUGAGUGGCUCAGACAGGAGCUGCAGGAGAUGCGGGCUCAGGACCGACAGCUGGCAGGACAACUGCUCAGACUGCGGGCGCGGCUCCACAGACUGAAAGUGGACCAAGUCUGUCACCUGCACCAGGAACUUCUGGAUGAGGCUGAGCUGGAACUGGAGUUAGAGUCUGGGACUGGCCCGCCUCUGGCCCCACCGCUGCGGCAUCUGGGACUCACACGCAUGAAUAUCAGUGCCAGACGCUUCACCCUCUGCUGAUAGCAUUUUGCGUGUCUCUGGCAGUGUCUGGGGAGAAGGAAGGAACAGGGACCCCAGAGGCUCUGGCACCUGCUGGGGAAAGUGGGCACACUUAGGUUUCUGAAAGCUGAAUUCAGAGAGCACAAAGCUCUAGGAUGAGGGGGGAGAGAGGGAACUCAGCCCCCAAAUUUCUUAAUAAAAAAAAAAAAAUUGAAUCCCAUCAAGGUCUCUGUAGACUGUCAGGGAACCUGCAUGUUGUUGUAUGUCCAUCCUGUGUCACUAGGACUAGGGACUCCACAACAGGAGACAAGAUAGCACUGGGUUUCCCCAAUAGCUCCCGAUCUAUUUCUCUACCUUUAUCAAAACCGAAAGUGGAGAGAAACAAAUAAACAAAAAAAGUUAAAAUGAA